UAAUUGAAUAAAAACUAAAUAAUAAAACAAAAUGACUGCGAUACUAAUAACCGUAAUAAUAAUUUUAAUAUUAAUCACAUACACCAUUACGAUAUCACUUGAUUCUGGCAACUACUACGAAUACAUAUCAAAAAGUAAUUACAAAUUAUCAAAUCGUCGAUUGGCAGAGUUAUUGAACGGUAAUGUAAUGUCGAAUCUGCCAAACAUAAUAACGAAUUCUAAACAUGAAACCGUCUGCGCAACAUCAAUUGCAUUAUAUCUAUCCCCUUUAACAGAUAAUUUAUUAAUGACUGACGAUUAUGAACUACACAACGACAAUAUCAGCUCCGUGUAUGACAAAGGGUGCGAAAAACUUUGUCCGGAUUUAUCAUUGGAGUCAUUAAUAAUCCGUGAUAGCAAAAAACAAGAAAUAUAUAUCAAUAAUAAGCAACUGUACGAUGGUAUUUGGUGUAUAAAAAAGCGCCCUAAUUGUAAUUUGCGUACCACAUUUGCCAUCAUGACAAUGAACGGUUCCGCAGUUUGUAACUUGAAAUUUCCAAAUUUAUUUGGUGGACCAGAAGGCAACAAAAUUAUCGCCUGUAAUAAUACAAUCUACAGUGAUCCGAACAAUGUACUGAUGGAUUACAAACAAGAUCGCGAGAAUGGCGAACGCGUUGAUACACGAACCAUAAUAAUAGAAGACGAAGACGAAUUAUUGGAUAAUAACAAUACUGAUAAAUCUUAUAGAUUCAGGUGCCUAUUCAAUGGUACUGAUUCAAUUGGAAAUAAAUAUAUCGCCCAUCCAGCUAGUCGUUUUCAUCCGAUUCGUAAUCCCUGUACGAUGCACGUACCGAAUGCUCAUCCAAGUAUUGUAUUCAACAGUAGUGAGGGCACUUGUGAUUGUGGUACAAAACAAUCAAGAGUCGAAAAUGUUAUUACUGGUGAUACAAAAUCACGUUGUAGUUCUUGCAAGACAGCUAUUACGAUGAAUACGGAAGGCGAUACAGAGAUCGGUCGAUUGAAAAUUAGAGACGAAUGUUUUGUCAGUGAUGCAAAGUACUUGGAGGCACGUCACAAGCUGCCGUGUUUUCUGGGUGUAGCUGGAAAAACCCGUGUACCUUGUCAGCGUAUAUUUGAUUUGAAGAUCCAAAUAUAUAAUCCAAUAUUGGAUUCAAAUCCUUAUCGUUGGAAAAUGCCACUUUUUCCGAAAUAUCGUGGUAAAAAUACCAAUGAUAUUGGUGAACUUCGGACUAUUAAAGCUUAAUUUAUAAUGAUUUGAUUAACGAUUUAUUAAUUGACAUUGAAAAUUUAAUAUUGUUUUUU